AUGCUACAAAGCGCCGGGAGAAAAGCGGGUUGCGCCGUUGGAGGCCUCCGUCGGCUGGCCCAUGCCGUGGCUCGACCGCCGCCGCUCUCGACCGCCAUCGACCCUCAUAUCAAUACCUCACUGCCGCCGAUGAUUUUCCCGGAAGAUUAUGACGACAAAGACGUUAGAGAUGAGUUACCUUGUUUCCCAUUUCCUGGUGGUGCCAUGGAACUCAUGGCUGUUAGUAAACACAAGAGAGGUAUUAGAAAUGGACCAAAGGCUUUGAAACCUGUCCCAGUAAUCAUCCGUUGCACGGUUUGUGGUCGGGUCAAGUUGCCGCACUUCUUCUGUUGCAGUGGGAUCAAACAAAAUCCUGAUGGU